UUAUGACAAAAAAAAUACAACUUCAAAAAACUCGCCAUUCCUCUUAUGUUGGACUGUCUACUCUGCAAAAAGGGGGUCUGUCCUGACAUUUGGGGGGAUAUCUGUACUGUCCUGACAUUUGGGGGAUAUCUGUACUGUCCUGACAUUUGGGGAUAUCUGUACUGUCCUGACAUUUGGGGAUAUCUGUACUGUCCUGACAUUUGGGGGAUAUCUGUACUGUCCUGACAUUUGGGGGAUAUCUGUACUGUCCUGACAUUUGGGGGAUAUCUGUACUGUCCUGACAUUUGGGG